AUGACUCUAACGCAUCGCGAAGCAAAAGAACAAAAAUUGGAAAUUCUAUUUCCACCACCACUUCUCCAUUCAUUUUCAAAUCCACAAGAAUCUUUCUUUUCCAAUACUUCUUAUUCUCCAUUCUCACCAAAUUUAUUGACCGAGGAUCUUGUUAGUAAAGUUAUAGAGGUUCUGAGUAGUACUUUAGAUGAGAUAAAAAAUGAGAUAUGGAAAACUUUUUUAAAUCCCAAUGAAGAUCAAAUACCAAAAGGCUUCAUUUCUGAUUUUAAUAAGUUAAUAUCCAAGACACCAUUUUCUCAAUAUCCAAAUGUCCAACGCCAACCAAUUAAAAAUUUGCAGCACCUUAUAUCAAUACUUUCAGUCGGGGUUCAUUCACCUGAAACUGAACUAAUUCAUCAAGUUUUUGACUUCUACAGCCAAAUUACAGCUUUCUUGACCGUCAUUCACAUGUUCUUUGAAGUUGUAGUUAUGGACUUUUUAUCGAAAGCAGAUAGUGAUAAAAAUUCAAGGCGUUUAGAAAUGGACCAUUUUAUGAGAAUUUUUCAUUUUAAAGACAAUUUUUUGGAUAAACAAUUUCAAUCACAAAGAAGCGAAGAUGAAGAUAAAACAAAUGAGAGUUUAGAUUCUUACACAUGGUACUAUCAUAAAAAUGUUUUCGAAAAAAAUUUUUAUCAUUUAGAUCUUUCAAGAACUUUUCAAAGCCAUUCUAUACGUUUUAACACUUUAGAAACUAUAGAGUCAAUCCUUUCUUUUUUCUACACAAGAAAUUUUUUAAAUACCACCGCUAAAGAGCAUCAAAAAGACCAUGGUCAAUUCUAUACCCCAAAAGAAGUAAUUAAAUUCAUGUGGGAUAGGGUUUUCAUCAGCAGAGAAAAUCAGACUUGGAUCGAGAAAUUAUUUGUUUUCAACAAAAUUCCUAACAACGGCAACUCCUCCACCUCUUCUGAUGCUUUUAUUCAUUAUCAAAAUUGUAAUUAUGACAAUAAAAGGAAAUCACCGCAUCAUCACAAUAUAAAUUCAUCAUCAGAAUCUUGGGAAUUUUUACCUAAUGCUCCAAUGGUUUUGGAUCCUUGUAUGGGAAUCGGUUCAUUUUUAUGUGAAUUUAUUAAUCGUGUAAUCUUGGCUGCUAAACAAACCCCUAGUAUAUGGAACAAUCCAAAUGCAAUUUCUAAUCUUCUUAAAUCUUUAGCAAAAAAUAUCUGGGGCAUAGAAAUUGAUUCAUUUGCAUUUCAUUUAUGCAAAUUAAACAUCAUCCUUCACCUAUUACCGUUAUACAAACGAUUUAAAGACAAUCCUUUUACGAAAGCCCUUAAAUUAGAUCGGUUACAUUUAUUUUGUAAUGACACUUUAAAUUUAUUUCUUCCAAAACGUGAACAUACCUGGGAAUAUGACAAUUUACGGUUGCUUCGUUCUCCACAUAAUCUCAAAUUUGAUUUCAUCGUAACAAAUCCACCAUACAUGAUCCGUAAGACAGGAUUCAUCUCUGAGCCUGAUAUUGAACUGUUUGAUGAAAGAGUUCUUGGAAAAGGCGGCAUGCAAGCAUAUGCUUAUUUCUUUUGGUUCUGUGUGGAAAGAUGUAGGGAAGAAACUGGAGAAAUAUGUUUAAUAAGUGGUACGUAUACAUAG